AUGGCCGCGAUCGCCAGUUCCCUGAUCCGACAGAAGCGCCAAGCGCGGGAAUCCAACAGCGACCGGGUCUCUGCCACCAAACGCCGCCCCAGUCCCAGCAAAGACCCCCGCUCUCUCUGUGAGCGACAUUUCCUGGGGGUCUUCAGUAAAGUCCGCUUCUGCAGCGGCAAAAAAAGACCUGUUCGCCGGCGACCAGAUGUGCCCUCGAACCCUCCGCAGGUGUCCCGUAAGGGCGUCAGGCUAGAGCCGCAGCUGAAAGGCAUUGUGACACGACUGUUCAGCCAGCAGGGUUUUUACCUGCAGAUGCAGCCAGACGGAACCAUCGGUGGCGUCAAGGAUGAGAACAGUGACUACACUCUUUUCAACCUCAUCCCUGUUGGUUUAAGGGUCGUGGCCAUUCAAGGAGUCAAAGCAGGUUUCUACAUCGGCAUGAAUGGCGAGGGGUUCCUCUACAGCUCAGAGAUGUUCACACCUGAGUGUAAAUUCAAGGAGUCAGUGUUUGAGAACUACUACGUUAUCUACUCAUCCACCAUGUACCGUCAACAGGAGUCGGGUCGAGCCUGGUUCCUGGGCCUCACCAAGGAGGGUCAGGUGAUGAAGGGGAAUCGAGUAAAGAAAACCAAGCCCUCCUCACACUUUGUACCGAGACCCAUUGAAGUUUGCAUGUAUAGAGAGCCUUCACUGCAUGAGAUAGAAGAGAAGCAACGCUCUAGGAAAAGCUCAGGAACUCCAACAAUGAACGGAGGCAAAGCGGUCAACCAGGACUCCACAUAGCAGGGCUCAAACAUUGGAGAUGGCACAGUAGCCCCUUCCCCAUGCCCUUGCGCAUCCGACCAUGGGAAUAGUACUACAUGCUAAAACAAGAUGACAAACUGAACUCUUGUCUGUAAAAACUAUUAGAAGAACACCGAAGGGGAAAAAAAAAAAAAAGGAUACAGUUCCAAUCAAGAUUUGAACUCGCAUUUUAUGCAACAAAACAAAAAAAGGAAAAAAAAAAAAAAGGCCAAUGGGCAGUCAUUUGAAUCACAACAAUAUUUUUUGUUUUGGAUUUAUGCUGUGAGAAAUUAGCUUUGAAACAUUCUCAUAUGCAUUCAUUUUCAUGUGAAUGCUUCAUGCUUUCCGCUCAUCAAUAAAAAUUACUCAAUGCCAUUACUAUUAUUUCUGUUUUUCGAUAUUAUGGAGAUCUGCCCUAGCAUUUUGGGUUUUGUAUUUCUUGAAAGGUGAAUGCACUUUGGGACACCAGACUGGAAUGUCAAGAGGGUGAAUAUAGAAUAUGUGCCGAGUUAAAUCAGAUGAUACAACUUACUUAAGGCAGCACAGAGUUACAGAAAUCAUUUGGAGAGGACUUGGAGAAUUUAGCUGCUUAUUCAUUUAUGGGAUUUAAUAUUCAUGCAACCCUUUCUUUGAAAAUCUUGCACGCCUUGACGCACAUAUGUCCAGCACAAGUACACUGUAUGUUUGUAUGUUUGUGUGUGCGUGGCACUACUCAAUUCCUCCAGUCUACAUCUUGGCAUCAGCUGGAGUGAAGCACCCUUUCUUACAAUAGACAGCUUUAAAUAGAAAGUAGGAAAUUCCUGUGAAUUAUUCACAAAUUCCCCUGCACCAAAGCAAUCCUAAAUCAAAUAUGAACAAACAACAACAGCAGCAAAAAACAUAAUAGAAAAAUUAGUUUCUCUAAUUAUAUUCAGCUCAAAAUGUAACAAGAAUUUUCAACUCAGGAAGCCUUAGACUUAGAUGUUUGACUUUCACACCAGCCCAGGUGGAGUGUGGAUUAUCAACCCAUAAGUGCAGAGGGAAAGUCUGUUUAGGAAAAAAAGCUGUCAUUCAUAAGUCUUCCACUAAAGAUGCCAUGAGCUGUGCCCAAGUCUGCAGCACUUAGGUGCAGUCAACAAAGCUAAGAGACUUAAACGCAUGAGUCAUCAGAAACAGUGUGUUUCUACUAAACUGAGAACUGGAUAGUACUGUGUGUGAAUGCAAAGGAUCGUGUAACAACAGGCACGCAACAAGAAUGUCCAAAUAAAAUGGGUUUCCAGAAAAGAAAACUGUAAUUUGUUUCCUUUCUCUGUGUACAAAAGAGAACUCUUUAUUUUUCAUGUUUGCAGAUGUUUUCACCUGAAACACUAUCAUAUAUGCAUUAUUAUUAAUGAGAUGUAUGAAAUAUGCAUUGAUAUUA